AUGACCACACGAGGGGAGCGCAUGCAACAGCGCAUGCGAGGAGCUGGACAUGGCCAGAUUGACGAUGUUUCGUUUCAAUUGGACUUUGGCGACGACCUCACAACCGAAAUCGAAGCGCAAACUAGCCCCGAGAGGCCGCCGCCCCGACCGACACCGACCCCGAAUACAUCUGCCAAGCGACGCAGACUAGACAGCGAAACAGCGCGACCUGGUAUCACCGAGGCGGACAAUGUUAGCCAGACGCAGAAAUCGCCAGGAAAGCCAGAUGUCUACGAACUCCAAGAAGAAACCUCUACCGAAUCCGCACAAGCCACAGUCACGCAGCCCGCAGCGAGGCCCGAUGCCGUUGUCGAAGCCGGCGACCCCGACUCGGUCGAGUCUCUGCCGCCACCGCGGCCCGCCCCGUCAGCUUCAUUUGUUUCACCAGUAUCGAGGCGGAUGACAGCAGAUAACACCGAGGUGGAGGAGAGUCCUGCGGAUGCGCCGGGCAGUGGGAGACGGCGGAGGAUCACAACAAGCAGUGCUGUCGCGUCGAGCGCGAGGUUACAAGAAGCCCUAUCCCCGGGAGAAAACGCGACAGAGACUGUUCCAAUAUCGUCUCCUUUGGAGCGCAAAGUGCGGCGGAACACGACUAGCACUCGCAGGUCCACACUCAGCUCUCGUGGGAGUCGUAAUUCGGCCGCAUCUGCCAACGAGGACCUGGACGAGCUCUCUCCGGAUCGAACAGCAAACUCUGUCUCUAGGACAAGGUCUCCCGAGCUUUCAUAUCGUGGUGAAGCAGAGCCAGAGGAAGAGGAACAAGAAGCAUCAGAAGUACCUGCCGACGUAUCAGAACGAGCAAGAGCAAAUAAUUCCCAAACCGAAUCGAUACUGGGACCGGAGCUGGACGCUAUCGUUGACGAAGUGCUACAGCAGGAACAGGAUCACAAUGAAAGCUUGGCCGAGGAAGUGGGCGCGAAGGAAGCAGCUCAGCAACUGGGCCGGAAGCGACCGCGCACGAGUCCCCGGAAGUCAUCCCCGGAACCAGAUUCUACGAUAGCUGAAGAGGAGCAACAAGAAGAGCCCGUGACAAAGAGGCGACGGAAACAAGCUCAAAAUAGCCCAGCGAAGCAGAAGCAAGGCAGACCGAAGGCGGCAUCCAAAGGCAAGGCGGCUUCUACAGCGAAGGACGCCUCACCCAAAGCUGCACCGAAGCGCAGGAAGAAGUCCGGAUCAGAUGGGGUCGAUGAGGCUGUAUCCAUUCCCGUGCAGCGCUUCACAAAACGUGUGCAAGUGGCUGAAGGCGGCGACGACGAAGCAGACGUGCUCGCUAUGGAUAUCCCUUUCGCCGGGCGCGGCGGUGUGAACACGGUCGACGUGUUGACCCAUACGUGCGACGAGAUUAUCGAGACUAGCAUAGAGACCCUGAAGGAGGGAGUGCGUAAUGCUCAAGAUGCAUCCACCAAGAGGGAGCAUCGCGUGCAGCAACGGGCCCUGGAGGCGUAUCAGGACGAACUGAGGACGCGGCUCCUCCAACAUACCAUUCUCCUCGACACGCUCCACAGCUUGCGCAAGCGAGUACGCAGUGUCCAGAAAGAGAGGAUCACUCUUCGGGACGAAAUCAUGCGCAUCCGAGCCGAGCGAGACCAGGUGGCGCUCCGGAAAGAUGCCGUCAGGAUUAAGCACGAGAGGGUGACGGAAGAAGCACUGAACCAAUUGAGCUUAUCUUCGCAGAUGCAUGACAUUGACAUGGCCGUGGAGCGCGGUCGCGCGGCCCCCGAGCUGAGCCCGGCCGAGAAGAAGACGGCAGAGUUGGCGAACCUCGAGAUUUUGAUAUCCAGAAUUACGGACCAGGCCUGUACGCGCAGUGACACGGGGGGCACGCUGAAGCAGGUGAAGGAUUUCAACGCGUUCCUCGAACGAGCCGCGGUAGCUCUCGAGGGUCGAUAG